CGCAGCAGGUGUGACCACACAGUUACUGGUGGUUUGGUUUGAGGAAGGGUGGUAGAGGGCUGACUGGUGACGACAGACACAUAAAGAGAUGGAAGUGAAAGUAUCAGUGUCAGUCGCUCUGUCAGACAGCAGAAGUCAGAGAUGGAGAAGAACUUUAAGACGUUUCUGAACAUCGCCAACAAACAGAGCAACCUGGGUUUCGGGUUGGUGGCUCUGCUGACAGCAGGAGGAGAGCAGAUCUUCUCCUCGGCGAUCUUCAAGUGUCCCUGCAAUGAGCUGAACUUCGUCUACGGCAUGGUGUUCCUGCUGGUGCCCGCUCUGGCUCUGCUGCUGCUGGGUUUCAUCCUGAGUAAGAAGACGUGGAAGCUGUUCACGGGUCUGUGCCGGCGGCCUCAGAGCGGAUCUCCGCGGUGCCGCUGGAAGAAGCUGACCGCCGCCUGCACGGCCUUCAUCCAGGUCAGCAUGACCGCGGGGGUGGCGCCGGCCAGCUGGAUCGCCGUGGCUCUGCUCAACGGGAGCUACUAUGAGUGCGCGAUGACCGGGUUCAAUGUGACCGCCUAUAACAAGCUUCUGUGUGGAGACAAAAGCUCUGGGUGUGAGCGAGGGCUGCACAAGUUGCCCUGUCGGACCGGCAGCAGUGAGGACAGAGAUGAUGUUCUGCUCCGCAUGAGAGCUCAGUCUCAGAUUCUGGGUUGGCUGCUCAUCGCCUCUGUCAUGUUGUUCAACCUGCUGCUGACCUGUGUGGGUCGCUGCACCUCACCCGUCAGCUACCUGCAGCUCAAGUUCUGGAGAGCGUAUGUUGAGGAGGAGUGCAACAUGUUUGAUUCGAAGACCGCUGAGCACGCCAAAGAGCUCGCUAAGAGGAACCUGGAGAGCUUCUUCAGCCAGACACCGCCUAAAAACAUCAUCACCCCUUCCAACAAGGACUGGGAGAAGAUCUCCUCCCUCUACAAGUUCAGCACCAAAGACCACUACUACAGCACCUUGCAUCGGGUUGCAGAGGACCGGAAGACCGGCGACGAGAUGAUGAGGAUUGGUUCGGUCAUAUCAAGCGAGCCUGCUGAAACCCAUCCUGUUUUUGAUUUUGUAGACAGUAGCGGGGCUUAGUCUAGAGAGUCAAGGGACAGCGAGCGAUGAAAGA